GAUCUGAUCACACACACACACACACACAAAACCACACAGGCACGAAGCGUUGAGUCCUGAAGGACACACGACUUAAAAAUCAUGUCAAGAUGAGCUGAAUUUUCUCCGGUGCAGACAGAAGAACAAGACGACGAAGAGUUUCCCUCUCAAGCAACUGAAUUCACCUCCUCAUCCGACUUUAAUUUUAUUUUCGCUCAGUGAGCCUGGAGUCCUGAGUUCUUCUGUUUUGAGACGUCGCUCACACUGGAGGGAGGAACCUAAUGCCUCAGAAAUGUGAAACUAUCAGUUACUGCAACCCCACCCCUUACCGGGAACCACGGUUACGGGCCUCCAAUUCGCCAGCAGUCUGGAGGUUGAACAACAUGCACCUCAAGCCAUACCCUAAACCACAAGAUAAAGAGAUACAUCGGGAAUCUGUGCGCGAUGCAACACGAGGCCUCCAUGCCGACCAGCAGGGAGUACUCAGGAAAGAGUGGGGCGUUCACCAGUCGUGUGGCCUUAUGGGCUCACCUGGCAACGGCACAGCCAACCGGUGUCCCCUCGGUGUCAUCUCCCCCAACACCCUCCGAUGUAAUACCAACAGUGGAAGCAAUGUACCAACUAGAGUUAGUGGGGCCCGCAAAAGCAAAUCACUUCCCAUCACAACAUUUACUAGUUCUUUAGUCCUGCUCUCACCUUCGACUGGUUUGGAGAAUGAAGGCUCACUUGGGAUCUAUCAAGGAGAGGAUGAAGAGGGAUCUUUGGAUAUAUGGGCUGUCAUUAAACCUGGUAACACAAAAGAGAAAAUUGCUAUUUUUGCAUCUCAAAUGUGCAGCAGUACUUGCGAUAGUGUUAUUGACGAUGGCUCAGAAACAGAAGCCAUUGCCCCUGAGCUGCGGACAGCUUCUGUAAAAAACAAAGGUUGCUGGGAUGUUGACUGUUCUUUGCCUAAGCGUAGGAGAAGAUCUGAAAACCCGGACAAGUUGAAAAUUUUGGAACCUCUUUCCCCAAAACUUGAAAUGCACAACGUACUUCAACAAGAGGCCCACUGUGAGAACAUUAAUCCUUGCCAAGGACUUGCAGAGGAUGCAGUCAAGACUGAGGGAGAGGAGGAUGAAAAGACAGUCUCUGUUGUGGAGAUGGUGGCAUACUUGGAGCAAAUGGCCAAUGAUCAGCAGAUUGGUUCCAAAUCCCCAUCUUUACGCAGCACCAGCACUAUUAUUCUGUCCAAAGUUGGAAGCAUCACCCAGCCUGACGAGCAACAGUCCAAGGCUAAAGAACAGCUAGAAGUCCAGGAAGAGGAAGGCGAGUCCAUUCGAGUUCUGGAUAUGGUGGCCAAGUUGGAAUCGCAGUGCCUGAACAGACAAAACCUCCGUGAAAAUGGAGGAGAGCUCUCUCGAAACAACAGUUUACGGAGGAAAGUGGGGCGUGUGCUUCUGGCUGGAUCAGAACCUUACCCACUGCAAUCACAGCCCGUGUCACCUACUGAUCCUCAGGACUCUGGAGUUGAAAGUGUCCCACAGGAACUCGGAAGUGAUUUUGACAAACGGAGUUCCCAAAUUAAGACCCUUGAGUUGAUAGAGAUCACAAAGUGUGAGCUUGACAUCUGUGCCCCCGAGGAGAAAGAAACUUCUUGUAUUGCACGACUGGAAACUUGCACAGCUGUUGAGACUGUAAACAACCUGCAGUCCUCACCAAAGGAUGCCAGCUCAGAGAGUAGUGAGGAACCUCUACCAGGCAUGUUGUUCUUUGCCAAAUCCUCUCCUCAGCCUCCGAAGGCGCAGCACCUGCCCUCCUUAAAGAGCAGAUCUUUGAACAAAGAGCCUUCUCGCAUACAUAAGCUUCCUGUGGACAUUAAAGCGUCUUUCACAGAGGAGAUUAGGGAUGAACUUGCGAGUGAAAUCCAAAACCAUCGAAUCUUUGAGGAAACCGAAAGCAGGGAGACUUGUUUAGUUAGUCAGGAGCCUGUGCCUUUUCCAUUACGCCGCCUAGUGUCUCAUGAAUUCUUAGAAACUCGCUUCAAGAUCCAGCUGCUUUUGGAGCCUCAGCAGUACAUGGCUUUCCUGCCGCACCACAUCAUUGUUAAAAUCUUCUGCUUGCUGCCUACUGAGAGCCUGGCCGCCCUCAAGUGCACCUGCCAUUACUUUAAAUGUAUCAUUGAGAGUUACGGUGUACGGCCUGCGGACUCUCGUUGGGUUAUUGACCCACGCUACAAAGAUGAUCCCUGCAAGCAGUGCAAGAAGCGAUAUGACCGUGGUGAUGUUUCGCUCUGCCGUUGGCAUCAUAAGCCCUACUGCCAGUCUCUACCUUACGGCCCGGGCUACUGGAUGUGCUGCCGUAGGUCUCACAAGGACUCUCUUGGUUGCAAUGUGGGACUUCAUGAUAACCGCUGGGUUCCUGCCUUUCAUAGCAUCAACGUACCAAUUUACAAGAGAAGCAGGGACACUGAUGAGGACUCGUAGUGUGCCAGAAAGAAAAACGGAGCACGUGUUUUAUUUCUGAGAGUAACCAGCGUGAAUGGGCUGUGUGUUUCAUGUGCCUGUGUGUUGCCAAUGAGCAUGUGCGCUUUAUGAUGUAUAGUGCUUACAACCAGGUUGCUGAAACUAAUAAGAAAUUGCUGGGUCUCUGUAUUUCUACUCUGCCAACCAAUCACCAACUCCCCUGUUCAAAAACCCUCCUCAGGUCCUUAAUGUUGGUCUGCACUUUAACCUUCGAAGAUUGAAUCUUGCGUAGUUCUGUCUUGGUACUGCUUGAUGAUUUCGAGUAAGCAUUAAUGACUAACUUAUUUGUUUUGUUCCUCUCUCAAUCCACUCACCAGUCUUUUUCUUUUCCUCAUGGCACACCCUGCCCUGUAUUUUCUGCACUGAUGUUGGUGUCGCCUGCAAUAUUAAACAUUUGAGCAUUACAUUUGUUUAUCUUCUAACAUGCUUGCAUAUGCAAACUCAUUGGCUAAUGGGAACUUUCAAUGAGUUAUUGACGUUGCUCCGUCUCCCUUUAUCAUCUCUUAGUUCCACUAAAAAAGAAAAAUCCUGGGAUAUUUGGUGGCGCGGCGGGUUCUUGACUUUUUUUUUUUUUGAGCCCAGAUGUUUACAUUGUACAUAGCACAGAAUCCUAUAUAUCAUUAAAGGGGGAUGAAUGAUGGCACGAGUGUGAUGUGAAACGCAUUUAAUCUUAAUAUGGGGAAACGCCUUGUUCUUUUUAUGCUAACUUUUGUGUGUGUAUAGAUAUCUAUGUGAAAUGGUUGCUCUUGUUGCGCAGUUGCGAACAGGUAGUGCGUAUUCUUCUCACUUUUUAAGUAUUGAUGUCUCCCGUGUAUGAUGUACUGUUUCUCGACAGGAAACACAUUUGAAUGUGGGAAGAGAGAUUCUCCAUCUUGUCUGUGGCUGAAAGAAAAGAAUUCACUGCAAUAUUCUGUUUUUCCAAAGUGUGUCAGAUUUUUAAAGAUUUAUUGUUAAUGACUUCGCUGUUCUCUGCCUGUUAAGGCAUUUUACUUCAAUAAAGUAUGUCUAAAAUAUGAAUUUAUAACAUA